UUCCCGCUUUCCCGGUCCGCUACCUAGCGUCUACCUCGCCGACAUGUCGGGGUUCAGCCCGGAGCUUAUCGACUACCUGGAAGGCAAAAUCUCCUUCGAAGAGUUUGAAAGGCGGAGAGAAGAGAGAAAAACCCGGGAGAAGAAAAGCGUUCCAGAAAAAGGAAAACCAUCACCCCAAGAAAACCCGGAAGUCCCAUCAUCAUCAGGAAUCGACUCUGCCAAAUCCCAGGACAAAGAUGCCAAUGAAGGAGAAACAUCCGAUGGAGUGAGUAAGUCAGUUCACAAAGUGUUUGCUUCUAUGCUUGGAGAGACUGAAGAUGAUGAAGAAGAAGAGGAAGAAGAAGAGGAGGAGGAGGAAACUCCUGAGCAACCCACCGCAGGCGAUGUGUUUGUGUUGGAGAUGGUUCUCAACCGUGAAACCAAAAAAAUGAUGAAAGAGAAGAGGCCUCGGAGUAAACUUCCCAGAGCCCUGAGAGGUCUCAUGGGCGAAGCCAAUAUUCGCUUUGCUCGAGGAGAACAUGAAGAGGCGAUAUUGAUGUGCAUGGAAAUCAUAAGACAAGCUCCUUUGGCUUACGAGCCAUUCUCUACGCUUGCCAUGAUAUACGAGGACCAAGGUGACAUGGAGAAGUCGCUGCAGUUUGAGUUGAUUGCUGCACAUUUAAACCCCAGUGACACAGAAGAGUGGGUUAGGCUGGCAGAAAUGUCUCUGGAACAAGACAAUAUUAAGCAGGCUAUUUUUUGCUAUACAAAAGCUCUUAAAUAUGAACCUACUAAUGUCCGUUACCUGUGGGAGAGAUCAAGCCUGUACGAGCAGAUGGGUGAUCAUAAAAUGGCCAUGGAUGGCUAUAGGCGUAUUUUAAAUCUUCUGUCUCCGUCUGAUGGAGAACGCUUUAUGCAGUUGGCCAGAGAUAUGGCAAAGAGUUACUAUGAAGCCAACGACAGCACUUCAGCUAUAAACAUAAUUGAAGAAGCUUUCUCAAAACACCAAGGCUUAGUCUCCAUGGAGGAUGUGAACAUAGCAGCUGAGCUGUACAUUUCCAACAAGCAGUAUGACAAGGCUUUGGAGGUAAUUACAGAUUUUUCUGGAAUUAUCCUAGAAAAGGAAACUUUGGAAGAAGGCACCUCAGAAGAGAAUAAAGCUGCUGAGACCGUCACCUGUUCUAUCCCUGAGAGUGUGCCCAUAGACAUCACGGUGAAGCUGAUGGUCUGCCUGGUGCAUCUCAACAUCCUCGAGCCACUCAACCCUCUCUUGACAACACUGGUGGAACAGAAUCCUGAAGAUAUGGGUGACCUCUAUCUGGAUGUGGCUGAAGCUUUUCUGGAUGUGGGUGAAUACAAUUCUGCACUUCCCCUGCUCAGCGCGCUGGUCUGCUCUGAAAGAUACAACCUUGCAGUGGUUUGGCUUCGGCAUGCAGAAUGUUUGAAGGCCUUGGGCUACAUGGAGCGCGCUGCCGAGAGCUACAGCAAAGUGGUUGAUCUGGCCCCACUCCACUUGGAUGCAAGAAUCUCACUUUCCAUCCUCCAGCAGCAGCUGGGUCGUCCUGAGAAAGCCCUGGAAGCUCUGGAGCCGAUGUAUGACCCGGACACGUUAGCCCAGGAUGCGAAUGCCGCACAGCAGGAACUGAAGCUGCUGCUUCACCGGUCUACGCUGUUAUUCUCUCAAGGGAAAAUGUACGGUUACCUGGACACCUUACUAACCAUGCUGGCCAUGCUUCUGAAGGUCGCAAUGAACAGAGCCCAAGUUUGUUUGAUAUCCAGUUCCAAAUCUGGAGAAAGGCAUCUCUACCUUAUUAAAGUGUCAAGAGAUAAAAUAUCAGACAACAAUGAGCAGGAAACAUCAAAUUAUGAUGCAAAAGCAAUAUUUGCUGUGCUCACGAGCGUCUUGCCCAAAGAUGACUGGUGGAACCUUCUCUUGAAGGCCAUCUACACCUUGAGUGACUUAGCCCGGUUCCAGGAAGCCGAACUGCUCGUGGACUCCUCACUGGAGUACUACUCAUUCUAUGAUGACAGGCAGAAGCGCAAGGAGCUGGAGUACUUUGGUCUGUCUGCUGCUAUUCUGGACAAAAAUUUCAGAAAGGCGUAUGACUAUAUCAGGGUGAUGGUGAUGGAAAAUGUCAACAAACCCCAGCUAUGGAAUAUCUUCAAUCAAGUCACCAUGCACUCCCAAGACGUAAGACAUCAUCGCUUCUGCCUCCGUCUGAUGCUGAAAAACCCAGAAAAUCAUGCUCUGUGCGUUCUAAAUGGACACAACGCAUUUGUAUCUGGGAGCUUCAAACACGCACUUGGGCAGUAUGUGCAAGCCUUCCGUGCCUAUCCCAGCGAGCCUCUGUACAACCUCUGCAUCGGCCUCACCUUCAUUCACAUGGCGUCUCAGAAGUAUGUGCUCAAGAGACACGCUCUGACUGUGCAGGGCUUCUCCUUCCUUAAUCGAUACCUCAGCAUACGUGGGCCUUGCCAGGAAUCCUUUUACAAUUUGGGCCGUGGCCUCCAUCAGCUGGGACUGACUCACCUUGCAAUCCACUAUUACCAGAAGGCUCUGGCACUCCCUCCGCUCGUGGUAGAGGGCAUAGAAGCUGACCAGUUAGACCUUCGGAGAGACAUUGCCUACAACAUGUCUCUCAUUUAUCAGAGCAGCGGGAACACGGCCAUGGCUCAGAGGCUUCUGUACACCUACUGUGUCAUAUAAGCCGCGGACCGAGAGAGGUGCGGGGACCGUGUCUUCUAGUGAGACUUUCCAGAUGGUGCCGUCCCACUGCCAGCUGUCCUCACAGCCAUAGCGUUGAGGCUGGAGUGGGGCUCAGCUGUACAGUGCCUGAUUACUGUACGCACGAGGCCCCAGAUUCGAGCCACAAGCCUUUAGAAACCAAAACACUGCUCUCAUCUCUGGAAUAUUUGCAGUGUUACCAUUCCCAUGAGGGUGUGCAGAGUACUCUGUUACCUCCCUUCAGCGUUCUACAGAAAAUUAUUCCCAGUGCUGAAACGGACAGAGUCUCUGAGACAGUUGGAACCGAACGUUAUUUUUCCAUUUAGUGUCUGCUAAGCUCCUGUGUGGGAGACAGAUGUUGUCCUCGAGGCAUUGCAGAGUCCACUGCUGAGAAUCAGCAUGAGUAGAGCUGUUUUAUCUACUUAUUUUCUUGUGCAGUCUAUCGGACCCAGGUCUGGUACCAUGCUAAGCAAGCAAGUGCUCUACCACCGAGCUACAUCCUCAGCCUGACAGUUCAAGUGUGAACAUACAGUCUCUGCAGGGAAUAGUUCCUGCAUUUCUGGACAGUGUCAUUGCUGUCCACAUACACAGUAAAGGAGGGAGCUUACUAAAGGAGAAGCAGAUUUGGAUUCUUACGGUGAUGUAAUUACUCACAGCCAACACCUAACACAACUAAUUAAGAUGUUGUUAUGGUAGGAAGACAAUGAGUCGCUUCAUUUCACAUUCAUUUGUGAGUAUGUUAGUUUUAGAGUGUGAGCCUUGGGCCUGCGCUUAAUUCGAAGCCCAGCACUCCAAGGAAAAACAGUCAGUGCAUCUGGCUUCCCAGUGGAGAGAAGCGGUCAUCUUAUCACGUUCACACAGUAACAUGUGCAUCCCAGACAACUACAGACUGCAGAAGCUGGACAUUUGAAGUAAAGAGUUGAUAAAGUUUCAAGAUAUUUUAUGUCAUUGCAUGUUGUUGAAUCUCAGAUCAAAACAUUUGCUAGAUAUACUGUUUCAAUAAAAAGAGCUUUUGUGGAAAUGCUGUAAUGUAUGAUUGAUUCUAGAACUAGUCCAGUGUUGAGAUUGAAGGUUAAAAUACAACGGAGACUUUUUUAGGAGUUCUUACCCCUCUUUAUACUGCAUAUUCAACUUUCUGAGAAGCAGAAUUUGUAUAUAAUUAGGAAAUGCAUCUUGUAUUCUGUAUAUAUCUAUAUAUAAAUAAAUCCUUUUUA